CAAUCUUGAUUGCCGAUUGGUUGUUUUAAGCUCGUUUUGGCGGUUUGGUCUGGCUUCUGAUCGACCGAUGUUUUUAUGUCAUUAUUGUUUAACAUUGUAAUAAGUGUGGUUUUGUAUGUGUGUUUCACUAGUCUUAACAUGGAUGAUGUAGCAAGGACCCUUUUGCAGCGAACGUUACGUAAGAUACCAACUCGAAAGUUAGAGGAAACUAUAAAAAAGUGGUCUCACCUAUCAAGAAGACAACAACAAUCUCUGAACUACACCCAGUCGAAAUGGAUAUUACUUCAAAAACUUGUUUCUUUUUGUGAGGACAAUGAAUUAACAGUGAGACACGUGAGCGAACUGGAGAUGAUCUAUUGUAUGGAAAAUCCUAACCUAGGAACCUGGAAGGCCUGCCAUCUUACAGAUGCUGAAGAUGAUGCCACAUCUCUAGACCUAAUGUGUUUUAAGGAGCAAUUCAAAUCCCACUUGGCAGAGUUGACCAGAAAUGUCUCAAUCAAAAUCAAGAAGCAUGAGAAUGAGACCAUUUGGAUACGCAUCGCUUGGGGGGAGAACUUUAUCAAACCUAAUCACUUAAAGCCUACAUAUGUGGUGCAUGAUCUUCAAACCCCAUAUGUUUUCAUCUGCAACUUGAGCUCAAAGAACAAGCCACUGUUGUACCAGACCCUAGUUCUGGCCACCAAACAUGGCUCCAUAAAAGACGCGCAUCUGAGUGGACGAAACCUUCAUGCGGUCAGGGAUCUGCUGAUGGGCAACUACCAUCAGACAUUUCCAACAAAUCACCAAAGGCCGCUUGAGGAGAUGUCCCCUCCUCCAACACAUCCCAAUAUUGAAAAUGAGCAUAAAGAGCAUGCUGAGAAAAGACAGCAGGUUGCGUGUGAAGCAUUUGGGGAAGGAAAAGUUCCUAAACUCGAAACUGCCACAUACACGUUGGAGACAAGGUUCAGGGGUGGUGGUAGCAUUGACACCCUUGUUGAUGGUGAGAAACCCUUCAGAACAGUUGUGCAGUUUGCCAGCACCAGCCUCCUGGAAUCUUUACACCAUUGUGUAUCUUCAGGUAUUGCCGAUGCUCCAGUCUCACCACUUUUGUCAUCCAUCACUCAGAAAGGACGGAAUUACUUUGUCAUCACAGACAAAGCAGACCGAUGACCUGAUAACACCACUCAGAAUUCUAGAGCAAAAGUCUAAGAGCAGAAAUCCAGUGUGUGUGAUUUUAUGUUUGUUUGUCAAUGUAAAGAUUUGCACCAUAAUCUAGACAGACGUCGUUUUCCACUGAGUUAACUACUAGUGUUUUAUAUCUAUAAUACCCUUUUUUGGUAGUAUUAUUUUCAGUGGAGAAAACAUGCCCUGUUUAUUUUUAACAACAUAUUAAAUUCAAAACCCCUAUGUGUUAUUUUUUUUUAUAUCUUUACUUCUUAUCUAAAUAAAGUUCUUAAACAGAUUAUGUAGUGAAU